AUAAAAACCCUUUCCAUCUUCAUCUACAUUUCUUUUUUUCUUUCAUCAAUGGAAACCUCUCAACUUUCCAUGGCUACACUACUUUUAUUAGCGAUUUUCUGGUUCCGACGAUCGGUUGGCGCCGAUUACGGAGGAUGGGAGACCGCUCACGCAACUUUCUACGGUGGCGCCGAUGCUUCCGGCACAAUGGGAGGUGCAUGUGGCUACGGCAAUUUGUUGAGCCAAGGCUACGGUACAAAUACCGCAGCACUAAGUACCGCUUUGUUCAACAAUGGGUUAACAUGCGGAGCAUGCUACGAGCUCAUGUGCUCGGGUGAUGCUAAAUGGUGCCUCCCGGGCACAAUCAAGGUUACUGCCACCAACUUCUGUCCGCCCAACCCCUCCCUCGCCAAUGACGACGGUGGGUGGUGUAAUCCGCCUCUUCAACAUUUUGAUUUAGCUCAACCGGCUUAUUUGCAAAUCGCUCAAUACAAAGCCGGAAUCGUUCCGGUUUCCUUUAGAAGGGUGUCUUGCGAAAAGAAGGGAGGGAUAAGGUUUACUAUCAAUGGCCACUCUUAUUUCAAUCUCGUACUGAUCUCCAAUGUUGGUGGGUCCGGAGACGUACACUCGGUCUCGAUCAAGGGGUCGGACACCGAAUGGCAACAAAUGUCGCAGAAUUGGGGCCAAAAUUGGCAGAGCAACAACAAGCUCGACGGUCAGAGCCUAUCGUUUAAGGUGACGACUAGCGAUGGCCGAACUAUUACCAGCAUCAAUGUCGCCCCGGCCGGCUGGCAAUUCGGACAAACCUUUGAAGGUGGACAGUUCUAAGGAUGUCCGAAAAUAUUUUCGCUUUUUUUUUUUUUUUUUUUAAAUUUUUUUUUUCCCCUAUGACAUAAGAAGGCCAGAGGAGCUGUGGUGGCAAGUAUUGCACCCGCUCGUGCCCUGAAAUAAUGCAUACAUACGUAUUUUUAUUUUUAUACGUAUGUAGUUCUGUAUGUAUGUACGUAGCGAUGAGGUUGUAGGAUUUUAUUUUUUUUCUACUGUCGUGACUAAUAUUGGAUAAAGUCACUGAGAAUAUAAUUUCGUUUUGUACGUUUGUUGAUUUGAAGAAUAAUUUCUGAUUUAGGUAAAAUAAUUGAA